AUGCCGAGAGGGACAACUGCACUAACUAUCAUCAGGCGAGUUCAGCGCGUAAUUGACGAUAUGGGGCUGCGUGUAUGUGAGAACGCUAUGGUCGGGGAUAUGUUCCACAAAGGAAUUUCUGGAGGUCAGAAGCGGCGUCUUAGUAUCGCGAUUGAAAUGCUGUCAGAUCCAUCGAUUUUACUGCUUGAUGAACCCACUUCAGGACUCGACUCUGCGUCGACGUUCAACGUGGUAAAGCUUAUAUCUCGGCUAAGUAACGAAGGCAGAACCAUCAUCUGUACGAUACAUCAGCCGUCGUCUUUAGUCUACGAAAUGUUUUCGAAUGUAGCCAUCCUGACAGCGGGACGGACCGUGUACUUUGGCUCUCGCACGAAAAUCCUGCACCAUUUCUCCUCUCUUGGCUACAAUUGUCCGCAAUAUCAAGACCCGGUGGAAUAUUUCAUCGACCUCGCCAAUACGGACUUCGAAGGACACGGAGAUAUCGACGCACUCAUCAAUGGAUACGCUUCCAGCGCUGUUGCAGCUCGGAUCAUCAAUGGAUACACAAGUGUCGCCAUUUCAACAAUUUUCCGUCUUGCUGCAUCGAAAUUUACUCAACAACGUGCGAAAUCCUGGGAUCUAUUGGAUCGACUCGUCACUUAUACGGUGCUAUCGACCAUGGUAGGCACCAUGUACUUGUCCUCCAACCCCAAGAUCGUCGCCUCUGACAUCGCAUUGCUUCUAACAUACGUCAACAUCUACCUCGUCUUCCUGUCGAUCGCCGUGCUGCCAUUUUUUAUCGAGCAACGUGCGGUCUUUCUUCGAGAACGGAACAACAGCGGGUUGAGCGUCUUCGGCUACGUGGCUGCAAACUUCUUGGGUGCGUUGCCCGGUAUCUUCCUCAUUGCAUUGAGCUCCACGGUACUCGUCGGGUGCUUGGCAGGGCUAAACUCCUACGAUGUUUUCCUGGUUGUGGUGUUUCUAUCGCUCAUCGUGGCGGAGAACCUCAUGCACCUCAUCUCAGCUGUUGUACCGCAGUUUAUUGUCGGGAUGGCGUUGGGAGCAGCCAUUUUCGGAUGGUUUAUCUUAGUCAUGGGGUUGUUUGUGCCUGGUCCUGCUAUGCCAGACUACUGGCGAUGGGCACAUCGGUUGGGCUUUCUGUCCGAGGUGCUGCUGUUCAACCAGUUCCGUGAUGAUUUAUCUUUGCAGAGUCAAGCUGUACUGGCUAAGUUCGUGACGGACGAAGUUCACAUCGGGAAAGACCUGGUAGUGCUGGCUGCUGAUGCUGUAGCGUUCGAGGUGGCGUUCGCUGUCAUUCUGUACAAGUUUCACACUGGUCGACGAUAG